AUCCAUCGUCGACUCGUCAGUGUCUACCAAACCUUAAAAACGGUCACGCUCAUCUCCGAUCGGCUACGUUCUGGUGAUCCUCUCAAACUAUUUUGAUUUCGAAAGCAAAAGUUAAGCUGAGGAUUAGAGGAAGAUGUCACAAGGAUGGUUUUCGAUGAGCAGCGGAGAUCAGCAGAAGGAGCAGCAGAAUCAAUCGGGAUCGUCUCUUCUCGCGGACUGGAAUUCAUACGCAGCCUCGAGAGAUGUCGAAGAAGGUGGCGGAAGCUUCGGUUUCGAUAUCGAAUCCGCCGUUAGAUCUGCCAACGACACCGUUUCCGGCACCUUCAGCGUGGUUUCAAAGGGAGUGAGAGAUAUUCCGGGGAGCCUGUCGUCAGCAACUAGCAGUAUGCCUUCAGGGAAAGCCCUCAUGUAUUUCGGUUUACUUCUCGCGAGUGGCGUAUUCUUCAUCUUCAUUGCCUUCACUAUGUUCCUUCCAGUCAUGGUGCUUAUGCCUCAGAAAUUUGCUAUUUGUUUCACCCUUGGAUGUGGAUUUAUCAUCGGAUCGUUCUUCGCACUUCGUGGCCCACAGAAUCAGCUCGCACACAUGACAUCCAUGGAGAGGCUUCCGUUAACCAUAGGUUUCAUUGCCACCAUGGUUGGUACUAUAUAUGUAUCCAUGGUUCUCCACAGCUACAUUCUCUCGGUGCUCUUCUCUGUCUUACAGGUGCUUGCGUUGAUUUACUACUGUAUAUCAUACUUCCCUGGUGGAUCAUCAGGCAUGAAGUUCCUCGGUUCUGCUCUUACCUCAUCUGUUCUAAGAGUUUUUGGGAGAUGAGCUUUUCGCUGCCAAUCUGGGAGAAAGGACAGAACUUUACUUCUCUGGUGUAUAAAGAAAAGAUGUCAGAGCUUUUUUCGUGUUCUAAUUAACAUAGAUUUGAUGAAAAAGGUUUGAAAAGACAAAAUGUAUUGGAAAAAUAUGUUGAAGGAAGAACUCAAGUAGCAAAUAUAUCAUGUUUAUUUCGUUGUUUCAAAGAAACUUAGAUAUUCAUUCCCGUUAAGAUCAAGUGAUCGCAUAUUCUUUUA